AUGGAUACCGAAUCGCAGGCAACCACACCAGGCCAGGACACCACGCCGUAUAUUCGAUUCGCUAUCGACCAGCUUACUCGGGACGAAGAAGUUAGAGGAUCGAGGAUAUAUCCAGAGGUUCGACCUGAGGACGACGAAGAUGACUAUCCCGUCGAUAGGAUCGUCCACGACAAUGGCUUGGGAUACAUGGCCCAAGAACAACGGACACAGCAAAGGAUGUCACAACAGAUACCGCGGAAGCCCUUGAGACAGUCGUCCACACCGCUUGCGAAAGCCCCAGCACCUAUGGCUACCACACAGCCUUACAAUCCACAUUACCAAUCUCAACAGCACAGGCAACAGCAGUCACCUUCUCCUCGUCGGUCAGAGGACGACGUCUUCUUAGCACAUACUCAACACGCGCCCCUCCACUUCCUCCCAGCCAUCCUUCGCCCAUUUUGGCUAGGCACCUUCAUCUUCUUAUGCAUUCUUAUGCUCGCUGCACUAAUCUUCUCCGCCAUCUACUCAAACCGUAAUGGCGGCAACGGUCUAUGGGACUACAAUGCCUUUGGGGACAACCGCUACUUCGUCUUCGAAUACCUUCCAACCCUAGUUGGAAUGCUCUUGCUCCUUUGGCUCAUCCAGGUCCAGGUGGCUGUCCAACGCCUGAUACCUUUCAUCUCAAUGGCUUCAGACUCUUUCCACAAGCGAUCCGAAGCCGUCUUCCUCCGACUGUACCCGAUGCAGUUUGUAUGGCCAAAUUUUGAGCAUAUCCGCUCCGGACACCCCGGCGUCGGAGCUUUCUUCAUCAUAUCAUGGUUGUUUACUUGGACGAUACCCCUUCUUGCUUCUGCUUUCAACGUGCGAUACGAUUUAGGGCGCAGUGUCUGGCGAUGGGUAGCCGUUCAAGGCGUCAUCUGGACCGUUGUUGUUCUUUACAUUAUUCUUAUCAUCGCCCUGCUCUACCUGCUGAUCUUCCUGAUCCUCAAUCCAACCGGUCUGAAAUGGGACCCCCGAUCACUUGCCGACAUCGUCUCGCUUCUCGAGCGCUCGAACAAUCUCACCGAUUACAACGGUUCCGAGACUUUCGAGAAAGCCGAUUGGCACCUUGUCAGCAAUCGCGCAGAUCGCAUUGGAUACUGGACGACUACAAAGAGGCCUAGCGAUGUCUUCUAUGGUAUUGGCGAAGAGGGUGCUGGAAUCCGGAGGUUCUCAGUCCAAGAAGGGCGCAUCACGGAGAAGGGAGCAGAGCGCACCAAUUCUGCGCCAGCCCAAGGCAAUGAUUUCACCAUCCGCACCGACAUCCGCAACCCAAGCGUGCGUUUAAGAUUCCUUCCAUGGUAUCUGAAAGACACAUCGGUCAUUGCAUGGAUCGUCAUCGCUGCUGUGUUGUUGAUUGCCUUCCUGGUUGUCAGUUUCGUCAACGACGCUGUUCGCUUCGGAUUCCUGCCCCAAGUCUUCGCUCGUACAGGCGCAGAUGGCUUCUCGGCUUCGAACUUCCUUUACUCUUUCAUUCCCGCACUGAUCGCCAACUUCCUCUUCUUGGCCCUUUUGUCUCUCGACUACUCCCUCCGUGUACUUCAACCCUACAUUGCGCUUUCCUCGAAAGGCGGAGCCACCGCUGAAGCCUCUCUACUAGUCGACUAUGCCUGUCGCCUACCUUUCUCGGUCACUCUAGCAGCGCUCGAUAACAGGCACUGGCAAACGGCAAUCCUAUCUUUUGUGUCGCUGACAUCGAGCACCCUUCCCGUUCUCGCUGGAGGCUGCUUCUGGACACAAUACUGGAGCAGCGGAGACGUCGUUCGUGUCUCAGCGGAGCUUGCAGGAUACUACGCCCUCUGUUUCUUCCUCGCCUUGUAUGGCCUCAGCCUCCUCGCCCUCAUACCAGGUCGUCGCCGAGCCGCUCUGCCUCACCGCAGCAACACACUCGCCGAGAUAAUCAGCUGGGUAUACCAAUCCCCCAUCCUUGCCGACCGCGCCUUCUCUCGUCCACAGACAAAGCCCGAACUUGUUGCAAGGCUGAUGGGUACCACCUACGCCGAGCGCACGUGGGCGCAAUCCGCCCUCUCGCUCGUCCGUCCUUCCCGCAACGACCUGCGUGGCGAAGAGGCUGCCGAACCUGCCUUGGGCGACAAGACGAGGAAAGAACGCAAGAACGAGAAGCACAACUCGUACACUGAUCCUCACAAGAUCCGUUAUGGCUUUGGUAUCCACGUAGGACGCGACGGCCUUGAGCACCUCGGUAUCGAUCGCGUACACCGUGGUGGUGAGAGAAGUGGUCGCGAGCUGGUCAUUUGGGAAGAACAGCAACACAGUAAGAGGAAGAGUUGGACGAGCCAGGCUUAA